AUGGCGACGCACUACGUGAACCAGGUGGCGCCCAACUACGUCCACGCCGGCAUGCGGCCCAGCUCGUCGUCGAGCAACAACGACGACAGCUUCACCUUCACCGUCGGCAAGCUCGACGCCGGCAUGGCCAUCCUCAUCGGCGAGCGCGCGUCCCUCAUCGAGUUCCCCUCGCUCCUCCUGCCCCCGGGCGUAUCCUCCGGCAGCGUGGUCAACAUCCGCGUCCUCCGCAACCAGGACGAGGAGAAGCGCCAGAAGAGCGAGUUUGACCAGCUCCAGGAGGACAUCCUGAGCACCUUUGGCACAGAGGCGCCCAAGCCCCCGGCGCUGCGGCUGCGCAACGUCACGCAGACGUCGGUCACGCUCGAGUGGGACCGCCUGUCGCUGGCGACGGCGUCGCUCCUCUCGCUCGACAUCUACCGCAACGGCCAGCGGCUGGCGCCCAUCCCCAAUCCGCUGCACAACACCUCGACCAAGCUGUCGGGCCUCGACCUUGACGCAGAGUACACGUUCCACCUGGUGCUCAAGACGACGGCCGGCACCUUUGCCUCGCCCGUCAUCCGCACUCGCACCCACACCAUCCACCAGACGUCGGGCAUCUCGGUCUGCUUUGGCCACGUCGCCGACCCCGAAGUCCUCGCUGCCGCAAAGGACGCCCUCGGCAACAUGCAGGCGCGCUGGAGCGACCGCAUCCAGAUUGACACGACCCACUUUGUCUGCACUGACCCGCGCAACCCGGGCGACACCAACGCCGGCAACGGCCAGGGCAAUGGCUACGCCAAGGCCAUGCAGCUCAGCAUCCCCGUCGUCAAGCCUCACUGGAUCUUUGCGUGCCACGACCAGAAAAAGAUGGUCGGCAUCGCGCCCUACUACCUCGAUCAGGACCCGCCAAACGCCACCACGAUCCGCGACAGCAUCGCCCGGCUGCGCGGCAACCAGGCACCAGCGGCGGCGGCGGCCAGCGCGGCAGCAGACGGCCAGGCAGCGCCGGUCGAGGCGGCGGCCCAGGCUGCGGUGGCAGCGGCAAAGGACAUGGAUACGGCGGUCGCGCCGGCAUCGCCACCGCGGGCGGAUCCUGCGCCCGAGCCCGCGGCCGAUGGCCACGAGGUCGACGAGCACGAUCUGCCUCCAAUCCCGCUGUCGAUGGUGGCCGGAUCAGCGGCAGGUGCGGGCGCGGCAGCGACGGCUGAAGAAGGGACGGAGCACGGACCCCCCUCGCCAUCGCCUGCCGACGGGCCUGCUCCGGACGCGACGACGACCAACGAGCUUGGCCUGCAACUGACCGACGGCAUCGACGAGCCGGGCUACGACGGCGCACCGACGGCGGCAGCGCACAGGCCGACGCCGCCCGUCGGCAGCCCGAACCCGUCGAUCGAGGUGACGGGCCCCGACGAGGAGAGCGGCACGCCGAUCGGCUUUGACGACGACGGCGAGGAAAUCACCCACUUUCCACCGCAUCGUCCUGCCGGCGACGGCGACGACGAUGGCGAUGGCGACGAGGAAUCGAUCACGCGGCGGCUAGAGCAGCAGGCUGAGCAGGACCAGGGCGGGGACGAGACGCACACGCAGGCCGACGGCGGCCAAGACGACGCGGACGACGAUGAAGGCGAGAUGGACGACGUCAGCCUCGGCGGCGGCGGUGGCCGAGACUAG